GGAUGGCUGCAUUGAUUGGUCAGUGGAUCUCAAGACAUACAUGGCUUUGGCAGGUGAACCAGUCCGAGUGAAAUGUGCCCUUUUCUACAGUUAUAUUCGUACCAACUAUAGCACGGCUCAGAGCACUGGGCUCAGGCUUAUGUGGUACAAAAACAAAGGUGAUUUGGAAGAGCCCAUCAUCUUUUCAGAGGUCAGGAUGAGCAAAGAGGAAGAUUCAAUAUGGUUUCACUCAGCUGAGGCACAAGACAGUGGAUUCUACACUUGUGUUUUAAGAAACUCAACAUAUUGCAUGAAGGUGUCAAUGUCCUUGACUGUUGCAGAGAAUGAAUCAGGCCUGUGCUACAACAGCAGGAUCCGCUAUUUAGAAAAAUCUGAAGUCACUAAAAGAAAGGAGAUCUCCUGUCCAGACAUGGAUGACUUUAAAAAGUCCAAUCAGGAGCCUGAUGUUGUGUGGUAUAAGGAAUGCAAGCCAAAAAUGUGGAGAAGCAUAAUAAUACAGAAAGGAAAUGCUCUUCUGAUCCAAGAAGUUCAAGAGGAAGAUGGAGGAAAUUACACAUGUGAACUUAAAUAUGAAGGAAAACUUGUAAGACGAACAACUGAAUUGAAAGUUACAGCUUUACUCACAGACAAGCCUCCUAAGCCAUUGUUCCCCAUGGAGAAUCAGCCAAGUGUUAUAGAUGUCCAACUGGGUAAGCCUCUGAACAUUCCCUGCAAAGCAUUCUUCGGAUUCAGUGGAGAGUCUGGGCCAAUGAUCUACUGGAUGAAAGGAGAAAAGUUUAUUGAAGAACUGGCAGGUCAUAUUAGAGAAGGUGAAAUAAGGCUUCUCAAAGAGCAUCUUGGAGAAAAAGAAGUUGAGUUGGCACUCAUCUUUGACUCAGUUGUGGAAGCUGACCUGGCGAAUUAUACCUGCCAUGUUGAAAACCGAAAUGGACGGAAACAUGCCAGUGUUCUGCUGCGUAAAAAGGAUUUAAUCUACAAAAUUGAGCUUGCAGGGGGCCUGGGAGCAAUCUUCCUCCUCCUUGUACUGCUGGUGGUCAUUUAUAAAUGCUACAACAUUGAAUUAAUGCUCUUCUACAGGCAGCACUUUGGAGCUGAUGAAACUAAUGAUGACAACAAGGAAUAUGAUGCCUAUCUCUCUUACACAAAAGUGGACCAAGAUGCUUUAGACUGUGACAAUCCUGAGGAAGAGCAGUUUGCUCUUGAAGUACUGCCAGAUGUCCUGGAAAAACACUAUGGAUAUAAACUCUUCAUCCCAGAAAGAGACCUGAUUCCAAGUGGAACAUACAUGGAAGAUCUCACAAGAUAUGUUGAACAAAGCAGAAGACUUAUUAUCGUGCUAACUCCAGACUAUAUUCUCAGACGGGGAUGGAGUAUUUUUGAACUGGAAAGCAGACUCCAUAACAUGCUAGUCAGUGGAGAAAUCAAAGUGAUUUUGAUUGAGUGUACAGGAUUAAAAGGGAAAGUGAAUUGCCAAGAAGUGGAAUCACUAAAACGCAGCAUCAAACUUCUGUCCCUGAUCAAGUGGAAGGGACCAAAAAGCAGCAAAUUAAAUUCUAAGUUUUGGAAGCACUUAGUAUAUGAAAUGCCCAUCAAGAAAAAAGAAAUGCUAUCUCAGUGCCAUGUUCUAGACUCCGCAGAACAAGGACUUUUUGGAGAACUCCAGCCUAUGCCCUCUAUUGCCAUGACCACUACUUCAGCCACUCUGGUGUCAUCUCAAGCUGGUCUUCCUGAAUUCCACCACUCAGAUUCAAUGCAAAUGAGGCACUGUUGCAGAGGUUAUAAACAUGAGAUACCAACCACGACCUUGCCAGUACCUUCCUUAGGCAACCACCAUACUUAUUGUAACCUGCCUCUGACGCUACUCAACGGACAGCUACCCCUUAAUAACACCCUGAAAGAUACCCAGGAAUUUCAUAGGAACAGUUCUUUGCUGCCUUUAUCCUCCAAAGAGCUUAGCUUUACCAGUGAUAUUUGGUAGUGAAAAAUAGGAAUUCCUCUGAACAGCUAGAUGAGCAUAGAGAAUUUCUGCUAUACCAAGCAUAAAGUACACCUAAUAACGUUGAGGUGUUAAAAAAGUGUUUGAAGAAAAAGUUACAAAAAUGGCUUUUAUACUUAAAUAUUUUUGUUUACAUUUCCAGAAUAGUGGGGG